GGCCGGGCCCAGGGUUGUGGCUGUGCUGACGAAGGGGGGAGGGGCUCAGUGGUGGGUGCUCGGCAGGGCUUGUGGGCGCGUUGGCCCGUAGAGACAGAGCCAUCGCCAUCGCCAUGCCCGGGAUUGACAAGCUGCCCAUUGAAGAGACGUUGGAGGACAGUCCCCAGGCACGUUCUUUGCUGGGUGUGUUUGAAGAAGAUGCUGCAGCAAUUUCCAGUUACAUCCGCCAGUUGUAUCAAGCCAUGCGUCGAAUUUAUGAUGCACAGAAUGAAUUAAGUGCAGCAACUCAUCUAACUUCAAAACUUCUAAAAGAGUAUGAGAAGCAGCGUUUUCCAUUGGGGGGCGAUGAUGAAGUUAUGAGCUCUACCCUACAACAGUUUGCAAAAGUGAUAGAUGAGCUCAGCUCUUGUCAUGCAGUGCUUUCAACUCAACUAGCUGAUGCCAUGAUGUUUCCCAUUACUCAAUUUAAAGAAAGGGAUCUAAAAGAGAUAUUGACUUUAAAAGAAGUUUUCCAAAUUGCCAGCAAUGAUCAUGAUACUGCCAUUAACAGAUACAGUCGGCUGUCAAAAAGAAGAGAGAAUGAAAAGGUCAAGUAUGAAGUUACAGAAGAUGUGUAUACUUCCAAGAAGAAACAGCAUCAGACUAUGAUGCAUUAUUUCUGUGCAUUAAAUACUCUUCAGUACAAGAAGAAAAUAGCCAUGCUGGAACCCUUGCUAGGAUAUAUGCAAGCUCAGAUAAGUUUCUUUAAAAUGGGUUCAGAAAAUCUUACUGAGCAGCUGGAAGAAUUUUUAACCAAUAUUGGGACAAGUGUACAAAAUGUUCGCCGGGAAAUGGAUUCUGAGGUAGAAACCAUGCAGCAGACCAUAGAGGACUUGGAAGUAGCCAGUGAUCCAUUAUAUUUACCUGAUCCAGAUACAACAAAAUUUCCUGUCCAUAGAAAUCUAACACGGAAAGCUGGCUAUCUUAAUGCAAGGAAUAAGACUGGGCUGGUGUCUUCCAGUUGGGACAGACAGUUUUAUUUUACUCAGGGUGGAAACCUAAUGAGUCAGGCAAGAGGUGACGUAGCUGGAGGACUUGUCAUGGACAUAGACAACUGUUCCGUAAUGGCUGUGGACUGUGAGGACAGAAGAUACUGCUUUCAGAUAACAUCUUUUGAUGGCAAAAAAUCUUCGAUCUUACAGGCAGAGAGUAAAAAAGAUUAUGAAGAGUGGAUAUGUACAAUAAACAACAUCUCUAAACAGAUAUAUCUCAGUGAAAACCCUGAGGAAAUUGCUGCACGUGUAAAUCAAUCUGCUCUGGAGGCUGUCACCCCCUCUCCUUCCUUCCAUCAGAGACAUGAGAGCAUGCGGCCAACAAUACAAUCUCGGCCUCCGACAGCUCGUACAAAUAGCUCUGGGUCUUUGGGAUCUGAAUCAGCAGCUUUAUCAACACUUUCCUUGGAUUCCCUUGUUGCCCCUGACACACCGAUACAAUUUGACAUAAUUUCUCCAGUUAGUGAAGAUCAGCCUGGUCAGGCAAAAGCCUCAGGGCAAUCGGGCAGACGUACAAACCCAUUUGGUGAAUCUGGAGGCAAAAAAUCUGAAACAGAAGAUUCCAUUCUUCACCAGUUAUUUAUUGUAAGAUUCCUUGGCUCCAUGGAGGUUAAAUCUGAUGAAAGUCCAGAUGUUGUUUAUGAAACAAUGCGCCAAAUACUAGCAGCCCGGGCUAUCCAUAAUAUUUUCAGGAUGACAGAAUCACAUUUAUUAGUCAGUUGUGACUGUUUAAAGUUAAUAGAUCCACAGACGCAAGUUACAAGGCUCAGGUUUCCUUUGCCAAGUGUAGUCUUGUAUGCUACGCACCAGGAGAAUAAACGCCUUUUUGGAUUUGUGCUUCGGUCUUCAGGAGGGAGAGUUGAGAGCCAUACAACAUCUGUCUGUUAUAUAUUUGAAUCAAACAAUGAAGGGGAAAAGAUAUGCGACUCUGUUGGACUGGCAAAACAGAUUGCUUUUCAUGCAGAAUUGGAUCGUAGAGCGUCAGAAAAACAAAAAGAAAUAGACAAAGUAAAAGAGAAACAACAGAAAGAACUCAGUAAACAAAAGCAAAUUGAAAAGGACUUGGAAGAGCAGAGCCGAUUGAUAGCUGCUUCCAGUAGACCCGGUCAGAGCAGUGGAGAGGGACAAUUUAUAGUCCUUAGCAGUAGCCAAUCAGAAGACAGUGAUUUGGGAGAAGAUGGGAAGAAGAAAAGAGAGUCCGAAGCAUGAGAAUCUCUCGUUUACUAGAACCCCCAAAGUUUCUUUACAGGCAAUAAGGUAAUUUUUUUGUGCUUACGGUGAUGUAUAAUUUGGCAUGAAAAUAUUGUCACUAUGCCAUUGUGCCUGCAUUGGUGUACCAUAAUGUUUAUAUGCAAACCUAGGAUUUUGUAAAAUAUAGUCAAGUGAUUUUAUAAUGUAGUGGAUUAGUCAAAAUCUUACCAUAAUAUACUGGAUUGGUCCUGUUCUAGUGAUGUAUAAGUAAUUUUUCAAUGUUUUUAAGAGUCUUAUAAAAUUUUCCCUGAAUAUUUGUAUUAAAGCAAUCAUCAUCUUAAAUGGUUAUGCCUAAUAUCAGUUUGAUAGAUGGUUUAAACUCAGAAAUAUAGAUAUUAAAUAUGUUAGCCAGGGCUUCAGUUAAUUUGAGUUCACUAAUAAAAAGUUGGCUUUGUACAAUAAUCUUUAUUUGCAUUAGACUUACUUUAAAAAAUCUAGUCUUUUUUCUAAUGCUUGCUUCCUAAAAAAAAAAAUUAGCACAUUACUAAUAUGGUUUUGUUCUUUUUCCACUAAAUACACAAUUUCAGAAAUAGCUAAAGCCCUAUGUUGUCAAAACGUAUUUUGAUUCUGUCAGUAAUUCAGGAAUGUUACCCAGAUAUAUUCAGUGAAAGACUUUAUUGUAUGUAAUAAAAACAAAAUGGAGGGGAGUUAUUCUGAUUUAUUCUUGGAACUGUCAAAGACUGAACAGUAAAGGAAAACAUUCUUGUUACAUUAGUUGACUAUUUUAAUGCAUAUCUUGUUUGUUUUGUCUCAUGCGUGCAUAGCACUUUCUAAAAAACUGUGGUUGUUAAUGAACAGAAUUGAUGGGUACAGAAGUUUUACCAGCACAACCUGAUAGUGUCAGACCCAUUAAUACAGCUACUAAUGCAUAUUUCCCACCUGCUUAUUAGUUUUGUUCAGUACUUGAGUAGGCACCCUGUAAGAAGCAAUGAGUCAUAAGAUACUAAUCCAAUCUGUAUUUUAUAAAGUUUAUAGAUUUUUGAGGGGGAAAUGGACUUUUGAAUUAUGUAUGUAAGUUUUUCUUUUGACACUGCCAUUCUAAUCAAGUUUAAGUGAAGUGAUACAGAUGCAUGUAUAAAUAAAAAAUCUAUACUUACCUGAAUAUAAACUUGAUUAUGAAAAAAUAAAUACUAUUAAUGCCU